GCGGAGGCAGCUAAAAGUCUCAGCGGCGCUGGGAGGUGCGGGAGGUUUCCCCUUUCAUCUGUUAUUGGUUCAGAUCAAUUAUUUGAAACGUUAGAUUUUUUUCGGCACGAAAUACCUGGAUGGAUAUUUGGACGAAGAAACUUAUAGACCGGAGAUAUACUUCAAAAGAAAGCACAAUGUACAGUAAUUGGUGCGCGUAAUUGGUUAACAUUUGGGACUUUCGAUGUUUUUUCCUGAUUCCUGGCGGUCACGUACAGUAAAUUCGACCUCCAGCGUUGGUGGAUAUGAGUGACCUUUGAUGCCGGGAGGAAAGUUGCCGCCGCCAAACGCCGUAGUGUAAGAGGCGCCAGAAAUACGAUCUUGAAUUUGCAUUUUAAGGUUUGGAUUGAAGCUACUCUCUGGCAUUGGCUGCACGCCAAUUUAGAUCACAGUGAUAAACGGUACAAUGUUUUAUCAGUUACACAUUGUCUUUCCCUCCUGCGAAGUAUAUGAGGCUGGCGAAGAAGUAGUCACGUAGUCCCGGAACCAGGAGCGGUUAGUUCUCACCCCAUUACCAAUUCGUCCCGAAUCCAGAUCUGGAGUCUGAUUUCGGAGCGACGGGAAGGUCUUGUAAAUCGAGAAUACAGCCGGUCGGUGCCGGAGUGACUUGGUAAAAUGACGGACGUGGUGCUCGUCGCCCCAAGCACCUUCCCCAGCUUGUGUAGAACUUGGGCGGCAUUUCUACUGAGGGAGGCAAAGAGCCUAAUACCUGUGAACUUCUGGACUGAGGCGAAAAGAAUUGCACUGGUAGCCGGACCGGUGUUCUUGACACAAUUGAUGGUGUUCUGCAUCAACAUUGUCAGCACUAUAUUCUGUGGACACUUGGGGAAAAUCGAAUUGGAUGCUGUUUCACUUGCUGCAUCGGUGAUCAGCGUUUCGGCUCUCUCUACUGGUUCGGGGCUGGCCGCAACAUGUGACACACUCUUUUCUCAGACGCACGGCAGUAAGAACUUGAAGAGGAUCGGUGUGAUUCUUCAGCGAGGGAUCCUCAUCCUUAUGAUCUUCUGUUUCCCCUGUUGGGCUCUUCUUAUCAACACUGAGCACAUCCUGCUGGCGUUUAAGCAGCCUCCUGAGGUGGUCAAAUUAACAACAUUGUACGUGAAGAUAUUCCUACCUGCCCUCCCUGCAGUAUUUCUUCAUCAGCUGGAGAUCAAGUACCUUCAAAAUCAGGGAAUAAACAUGCCACAGGUGUUCACCGGUUUCCUCGCCAACAUUUUCAACGCAGUGGUGAAUUAUGUCUUGAUCUACGUGCUGUCUCUGGGCAUUCGGGGCUCUGCUAUAGCCAAUGUCGCUUCUCAGUACUGCCAGGCAAUCUUCCUGUUCCUCUACAUCCGAUGUCGAAGACUGCAUGUGGAGACUUGGGUGGGGUGGUCCACCGACUGUCUGCAGGAGUGGGGCAGCUUUGUGCGACUUGCCAUCCCCAGCAUGUUAAUGAUAUGCAUCGAAUGGUGGAGUUACGAAAUUGGAAUAUUCCUAUCAGGGUUAAUGAACGAGGUCCAGCUCGGGGCCCAGUGCAUCAUCUAUCAUAUUUUAUCAGUAUUAUACAUGAUCCCCUUGGGGUUCAGUGUGUCUGCCAGUGUCCACGUGGGUAACGCGCUGGGUGCCAGAAGCCCGCAGAAGGCUAAAACCCUGGCAAGAGUUGCUCUGCUCUGCACUGGAUCCUGUGCAGCAGUGACCUGUGUGAUUCUGAGAGCAGUCAGCCAUGCUCUAGGCUACAUCUUCACCUCUGACAAGGAAAUUAUUUUGCUGGUUGCUGAUGUGUUACCCUUGGUCGUCAUUCAGCAGUUAUUCGAUUCUUUGGCCGCCGUGAGUGGUGGCGUGUUGAGAGGGGCAGGGAAGCAAGCACUGGGUGCUGUCGUUAACCUAGUUGGAUUUUAUCUGAUUGGGUUUCCCAUUGGAAUCUCCAUCAUGUUUGCUGGAAAACUCGGAAUAUUGGGGUACUGGAUAGGAAUGACAGCUUGUGUGGUGGUGCAGUUUAUUUUCUUUCAGGCAGUGAUUUACAAGUUAAACUGGAAAAAGGCGUCGGAUCAGGCUCUGGUUAAUGCAGGCAUGAAGAAAGACAUGGACUCCACACAAAUGGUUUCAGGUCAAAUGGAAGACAUUUUAACAGAGAAUUGUUCGGGAAACAUUGCAGUCAUUGAUGUCAAUUCAGUGGAAGGCACCAUGAGACACUGUAGAGAGGAACCCUCUGCCUCAAAAACAACUGUUGGCACCGGUGAAGAGAUGUUAACCAUGAAGCAGCUGAUCAUACGACGUGGAGGGGUCUUCCUUUUGGCUGCACUGAUACUGGCCAUUGGACUGUUGGUACAUAAAGUAUAGGUCCUACCGGGCUUCACAAGUGAAAGCAUGGACCCUGGUUCCUCUGAACAGUGUGAGAAACAUCGGUGAAAGGCUUUGAUUGACAGACUAAAGAGGGUGAAGUUUGCACAGUCUGUGGUUGUUACUGACGGGUGAUUCCAACCUGACACCACUGCUCAGUUCAAACAGCCCUCAAUAGUCUGUUAAAUUUCCAUCUACAUACUAUAGCGAGGGAGAGGGCGAUUUUAUUUUCAGUAACUUACACGGCAUCUAAUAAAUAUUCAAAAGUU